AUGAAGCUCCAGGUGUUCCUACAGGUCACCACCAUCCUACUGUGGCACUUUAUGGAUUGUGCCACUGGCUUUCCUUACCCUGGAACAUGUGGAAAUCGUCCUCUGGCAAGCUCCUAUGACCUAGGCUCACGCAUUGUUGGAGGGAAAGACGCCCUACCUGGGUCCUGGCCGUGGUUAGUCAGCAUCCAGCAGCCCAUCGAUGAAGAGACUUUUAUACACCUGUGCGGAGGCUCUGUCUUGAACACCCAGUGGAUUCUGACAGCCGCCCACUGCUUCAAGGAUCAAGAUGACUAUGUCUACUCCUGGAGAUUGGUGUUUGGACUCCAUAAACUGUCAGUUCUCGCCCCAGGAACGCAGAUUCGGGGCAUAUCCAAAAAGAUAGAACAUGAGAAUUAUAACCCCGACACAGAACUCAAUGACAUCGCCCUGGUUGCUAUGGAUCGGCCAAUCUCUUACAGUAAAUACAUUCAGCCCGCGUGCCUUCCUCCGAAAACUGCAGAUCUUUCACUCAUGACUGAUUGCCACAUUGCUGGCUGGGGCACCCUGGAAGAAAGCGCUAUGGAACCAUCAGAUACUCUUCAAGAAGCUCGCGUACAGAUGAUUCCUGCCAAACGCUGCAAUAGCACUACGUGGUAUAACGGUGAAGUGCGUAUCUACAACCUAUGUGCAGGCUAUGAACAAGGAGGCAUUGACAGUUGCCAGGGUGAUAGUGGAGGACCACUGAUGUGCAAGGAACCUAUGACUAAUAUCUUUUCAGUGGUUGGAAUAACCAGCUGGGGAUCAGGCUGUGCACAAGCACGAAGCCCAGGGGUUUAUACCUCCACCCAAUACUUUCUUAACUGGAUCUUGGACAAAACUAAGUACAACCCCACCAUCAAGAAAUCUCUUGGAUAA